AAGCUGGGCUGUAAGAUUGUGUUCGUCCUGAGGAACCCCAAGGACUGUGCUGUGUCCUGCUUUUGUCAAGACAGCAGCCAGGUCUGGAAGGACGACGCCAAAGACACGGUCUGCUUUACAGGGUCAUGGGACGACUACCUAUCCUGUUAUCUGGAUGGUUACAUUCCGCAUGGAUCGAUAUUUAAUUACAUUCGUGAUUGGUGGAAAACGGCCGAACAAUACUGUAUAUGUCAGGUCCAGUAUGAAGACAUGAAACAGAAUUGUGUGAACGAGGUAAGAAGAAUGGCUGAAUAUCUCGACCGCCCUUUGCCGGAGAAAACGUACGUGGAAAUAGCAGAGGCAUGUUCCUUCAUCAACCUGAAACACGCCAACGAGAAGAUCAAGGACCAGACCUACCACUUCCAGUGGCAACAGGGAAAAAGUGGAUACUUCAGAAAAGGAAAAACCGGUGACUGGAAGAACUAUUUUACAGUUGCGCAAAGUGAGAAGUUCGAAAAAAUAUAUGAAGCAAAGAUAAAUAAACCGUUCCCAUAUUGAAAUGAAUGUUGGAAAU